AUGGAUCAUUCUACUAAUAUUACAUAUUUAUCUUUGGAGGGGCAUGUGGAGUUGGAGAAAUAUAGAUAUGUUUAUUUUGUAAUAUGCCUCACUGUUUACAUUCUGAUACUUUGUUGUAAUGUUGUUGUGCUUUCUAUCAUUUACACAAGCAAAAGUCUCCAUGAGCCGAUGUACAUAUUCAUUGCUGCUUUGCUUUGCAAUGCUCUCUUUUUAACAGCUGCCUUUUAUCCUAAAUUAUUAAGUGAUUUUCUGUCUGAAAAACAAGUUCUCUCUCAUGGAGCCUGUCUCUUUCAGGCUUUUUGUCUUUAUACCUGUGCUUUAUCAGAGUUCACACUGUUAUCAGCUAUGGCCUAUGACAGAUAUGUGUCAAUAUGUAAACCAUUACAAUAUGCAACUCUUGUAAAAAUGUCCACAGUGAAAAAGCUCUUAUUUUUCUGUUGGUUUAUACCAUCCUGUGAAAUGGCCACAUCAAUAAUAUUAACAUACAGACAGCUGUGUAAAUUUAAAUUAAACAGAAUAUACUGUAGUACUUAUUCAGUUGCUAAAUUAAGUUGUGGAGAUAUAACUGUUACAAAUUCAUAUGGGCUGUCUGCUUUAGGUAUUGCUGUUUGUCCACCAGUGAUCUUCAUAAUUUAUUCAUAUGUUAGAAUACUUGAUGUCUGUUUAAAGAAUUCAAAAGAUUUCAGAAGAAAAGCUCUGCAGACCUGCUUACCACACCUUAUCAUUUUCAUCAAUUUCUCCAUUACUGCUUGUUUUGAAGUGAUUAACAACAGAUUUGAAGGAAGCGUACCCCAUAUAUUUGAUAUGAUAAUGUCAGUUGAAAAUGCAGUUAUUCCUCCUCUACUCAAUCCUAUUGUAUAUGGACUGAAACUGCAAGAGAUUAGGAAUAGGAUCAAAAAAAUGAUUUGUUAG